AUGGAUUCCAAACGGGUCAGUGAAUUAUUUGAAGAAUAUUGUUCCGGAAGUUCCAUCCAUGGAGUGCGUUUUUUUGUGGGAAGUGAAAGAAGUGUUUUGGUAAAAAUUGCGUGGCUUGCUGUAUUCGUACUAUCCCUCGUCGGAUGUGGAAUCAUGAUACAGCAGGCAUACAACAAAUGGGACCGAACCCCGGUUAUUGUGACGCUAUCGGAGGUGCCAACGCCCGUCUGGGACUUGACUUUUCCGGCCGUAACUAUCUGCCCCGAAAUUAAGGUGUCAAAAGAGCGCUUCAACUUUACGGCGAACUUCAAGACCCUUUUCGGAGACUGGUACCGAGAUAAAAAUAAUUCAAAAUUUUCAACCAAUGUUACGGAUGAAAAUAUUGGGAAAGUUAAAGCUAUCAUCCAUCAUUGUUCGGGAAUUUACAAGAACAGCAAGAACUUCAUUUUUAAUUUGAAUCAUAUUCACGAGCCUGCAUUGGUGGAGUUUCUGAAAAAUGUAUCACUUGAUCGAAGGAACGUGUUAACCUUAUGCGGCUCUACGAGCGACAACAAAUGCACGAACUACAUGCAGGUGUCCUUGACCGACGAAGGUGUUUGCUACUCAUUCAACAUGGUUUCACAGAACGAGAUGUUCCGCGACGAUGUCCUGCAUGGGGAGUACAAGCAUUUGGAACGCUGGGACGAAGAUGGCAAGGGGAUGAAGGGCGAGGAUCAGGUGGACACGGUGCGUCCAACGGAGCUGUUGCGUGUAGCUGGGUCUGGGUUGGACGCAGCCAUUGGAUUUAAUAUGGUACACUUUCCACUGAAAAUCGAUACCUCGUGUGUGCGUGGCCGAGGAUAUAAAGUUCUCCUGCACGAGUCGACCACAUAUCCCGACCUGGCUAAGCGUCACAUUCGGUUGCCUGUAUCGCACUCUCUCACGAUUGCGGUCAAGCCCAACAUCAUGUUGACAUCACCGGAGCUGACGAAGUACAGUCCCAGCAAGCGCCAAUGCUACUUCGAACAUGAGCGUCCCCUGCGAUACUUCCGCCGUUACAACCAAGAUAACUGUGAGUUGGAGUGCCUCACCAAUUACACCGAGAAGGAAUGCGGCUGCGUCCAUUUCUCCAUGCCUCACACGAACGAAACACGAGUGUGCACGCUACCGGAGGCUCGUUGUCCCUCCAAUGCACGGGCACUCUUAUUUAUCCGGAAGCAGAAGAAGAAUACUACCGAAGACUACUUACAGCUGUGCGACUGUCUGCCGUCCUGUGCCUCGGUGCGUUACGAUUUGCAGAUCACGCAGAACGCGAACGACGAGGAGAAGGACUUCCGCUCAUCUUUGAUGUCCGAGGAGGAACUUCAAGCCAAUUUGAAACUCCCGGUUUACUCGGUGCUGCAAAUUUACUUCCAGGAUACGCACUUCAUUCCGGCGCAAAGAUCCGAGUUGCACGGACUCGUCGACUUCUUGGCCAACUGUGGGGGAUUACUGGGUCUUUUCAUAGGCGUCAGUCUUUUGAGCAUCGUGGAACUGGCAUACUACAUCGCUGUUCGUCCUUUAUCUUGCCGUAACCAAAAGUUUUAA